GUAGAUAUUUUGAAAUGAAUAUAGAACCCGAAUAACUUUUAAAUAUAAACGUUCAAUGUCUUGAAAGAGAGGAAGGAUACUAAUCCCUCGUCUCUAUCUCAUUCUCUAUCUCUCUCUCUAGGUCAGGAAACCCAAAUGUAGCUACUCUGCUACGUACCACGUGAAGUGCUACCAUGUUUUUUCUUUUCUCUCUCAUCACUCACAUAUGGUCCAAGCGAUAAAACAAUGCAUCUGUACAAAAGCAUCGAGUGCUUCUUCACAACCUUUCUGCCCAACUUUUUCUUCUUCUUCACCUUCAUCACGACCACCACCAUCCCCAUCUUUUCCACCACCCUUGUGCGAUUACAGCAUCACUAUCACUUAACAUGUCUACUAUUCUUGAAGUUCUUCAUCCAAAAAAUAACUGAUUCACAUCUAGUCAUUGCUAUAAAUAGCAUACACAAGUAGCCUCCCCCACUCCCGGCAGGGAUAUGGAGCAUGUGGGUUCUUCUAGAAAACAUGAGUAUCUUAAUCUUAUUAUUGAUCCAAAUAAGGAUGAUGGUCAUGAGAUUCCUAAUUCAAGUCAUCAAGAAGAGCCUCCUUUCUUUUUGGGAUUCCCUUCACCUUUUUUUGAUGAUAUCGAUACUAUUCCAAUACUCGCAAACAACCAUACCCAUCAACACCAAUGCUUCAACAUCACUGAACCUACGCCUUCCGAAUCAUCGAAACGUCUAAAGAAAAGAAAUGUUGGUAAGAAAGACAGACACAGCAAGAUACAUACAGCGCAAGGUCUUAGAGACAGGAGAAUGAGGUUGUCACUUCAUAUUGCCCGAAAGUUCUUUGAUCUUCAAGACUUAUUAGGGUUUGACAAAGCCAGUAAGACCAUUGAAUGGCUUUUUUGCAAGUCCAAUAAAGCUAUCAAAGAAGUCGCAGACAACUUUGAUUCAAAACAUACCAACCAAAGCAUGACUGAUCAAGUUAUCGACAGAAUCGAUUGGCGUGAGUGUGAAAUGGGAUUCAGCAACGAGAUCAAAGUUGCUACCAACAAACCGAAGAACUAUCAGGAGGUGGAGAUCAAGAACAAGGAAAGGAAGCGAAUUCAAAAUAAUACUUCUUCUAAGGAUACGAGGGACCAAGCGAGAGCAAGAGCAAGGCAGAGAACAAGAGAGAGACUGAUGAUCAAGGAACUUGAGAAAUCAAAGUUUUUGUUUGAACGAAACCCUAAUGACGAAAUUCACAAAUUAGGGUUAGGGUACAUGGUAAGCUCUGAUAAUCAAAAUAUAGAUAAACUAGGGUACACGUCUAUUGCAUCUGAACCCAUCCAACAACAGUCAUUGAGUCCCUCCGAUUUUUCGAGUACGCAUCACUUGCUUCGAGAACUGCAAUUGGCCAAUAUCAAUGAUGAUAUAUUAAAAAGUUAUUCAGGGAGCAUUGUGAGCGCACCUGCUUAUUGUACCACAUUGAUGAACCACAACCCUCCUGCAGGUUGGUUAAAUUCCAGCUUCGGAUUCAUAGGAGUUCCUGGAGAAUACGAUGCUGACAACAUUAUACCUGAGUCCUACAACCAAGCAAUUGUGUCAAGAACUGAUUCUUUGACAGGUGCUCAUAUUAAUUAUGAACAAAACCCUAGCUCAUUUUUUAUGUCAACCACCAACAAUUUCCACCAUUUCCAAACUCAAAACCAAGGCAAGUAAGCAAAUUCCCCUGAAGUAGCAACAUCACAAUGCUCAACUAAUCAUCCCUCAUCUGGGUUUCUUAGUUUUGUGUUUGAUUUAACUCAUUUGGGAUUCUUUAGUCCAAAUCUAUCGACCAAUAUUUGUCAAAACAGAUCAACCAUGUAUCAGUAUAGUUAAUUUAUUGUGUUUGUGUGUGGAAUAUAAUACAAACUGGAUUGUAUUUAAGUCGUCUUCUAUUUCCAUUUCGUUUUUUUUUUCAUAUAUAUUUUAAACAUCAUCAAUUGUAGACC